AUGCAUGACAUGCAUGGAAAGAGGAGCUGCAAACCAUACAUGCUUUCCAAGGUGAGGCGGAACGGAAAGCCACACUGUCGAGAUCGGUUUAUGGUCCGCCUCCAUCUCCAGGCCGACCCUCUGGCAAAGGGACGCAAAAGAUUUACUUUGCCAUUGCAGAUUAAUCAGCACCAUGUCCUGCGCGAGAGGAAGAGAAUAUAUCCCACAUGA